AUGGAGGUGCCAGGAGGGUCAACAUAUGGGCUGGAGGGAGGUCAGCACACCAGUUUCUUCCUGACUGACAACAAGAGCCACCCCCAGAUGAGUGAAUUUUCCUGGAAGGAUGUUACCAGUGCCUUGUCCCUGGCAAACAUGAUCCUGGGGCUCUUCUCCAUCUUCUGCAGCUUCUGCAAGAAGUCCCACUGUGCUUCCUGGAUGCUUCUGAUGAGCUUCCUAUUAGACACGGCAGUCAGGGCAGUGACCAGACACCUCAACAUCUGCUCCAAAUCAGGAGCUGAGCUGAAUGACUUUGCUGUCUUCACCACCUUUGGCCUGGCCUCAGCCCUGCUCCUAGGCGUGAAUGGGGCUCUGAACGGGUUCCUGGCCAUCAUCUAUGUGUUAGCUGCUUCUUUCCGCCUGUGUUUUUAUUCAACUGGCGUUCCCUCUGCAUACAAGGGACUACCUUGCCCCUAUGCUUCCUGUGUUUUGGCCUCCACCUCCCUUCUGACCAAAGGCAACACGUUCAUCCUCUCUUGCAUGGCCUCACUCAUGAUUCUAUUCAUGAUGGACCAAAGCCACUACCCACAUGACGAAAUCCUGGAGUCUGAGAACUGGAAAAAAAUGGUUUAUCUGGGAGGUGUCAUCAUGCUAUUUUUGUCUCCAUUUUCGCUAACUGCUUUCUACUGCCUGGUGUGGUCGCUCUCCUACAUCUUCUUUCCAGAAGCUCUAUGGGGCAAGGCAGUGUGUCUUGGGCUGCAGCACAGAAGAAACUAACCAGCUCUACUAACUCCCACUAGCCUCUGUGGGGUUUGUGCCAGCAUGUUGGGCCAAGCCCUGCUGUAUCCUCACUGAAUCUUUCCUUGUCCCUAUGUUGUGCAUGUGCAAGAUACAUAUUGCCUUGAAUC